AUGUCCUCCGCGGCGUGGCGCGGUGUCUCGAACGAGGCCAUGCGGCUAAUCCUGAGCCUCAUGUCACGCCGCCCGGAGAGCCGCCCAGCCUACGCUGCGGUUCGGGCGCAUCCGUGGUUCGCUCGCGUUGCUGCUUCAGGCCCCUCGGUCGGCGGCGCAGAAGCGCGCGCGUUGCCCUUUGUCCCUCCUCCGAGGCCGCCGGGUCUAGAGGAUGCGACGGCGCCGCGCGGCUCGACGCCGCCGCCGCAGUCCUCGCUUCUGCCCGCCCCGAGCUUGGCACCGCCCUCGCUGUCUAUGCCGGCGCUGCCGCUGGCGCCAACUGUCAAUGACCCCGAGGUCGAGGAGGGGCUCGCGUUUGUAUGCACCACGCUCGACCCGAAGAGAGUACACGAUUUGGCGGGCGAUUUGCAGCUCCUUCUACUCCCUGAGCCGCACGCCAUCGGGAGGGUGCGAGCGGUGACACUGCGCUUCGAUGGGAGAGGCGGAGUGACUCCGCUGCCGCACGCCACGCCAUCGCCGCUCGCUGUCACCGCCUGCACUCGCCUCGGUCUCCUGCGCUGGGCUACCGGAGAAGGGCCCUUCACUCCGGCGGCCGACCCGGCGGUCGGUUCCUUGGCGCCGCGCCUCGUCAGCGCGCUGGCACCGGAGAGGAGGGCGUUUCGAGCGCAGCUGGCAGGCUGCGAGAGCAGACAGCGCCUGCUGGCCAUUUCGAGACAUUCGCCAAGAACGCUAGCUACAUGGGAGGGCUUCGUGAAGGAUGGAUUGAAAAACAUUCGAACAAAGAAGAGGCGACGGGAGGAACCAGCAGAGGAUGCAGUGACGUGA